AUCUUGUGCAGUAUCAAUCGAUCUGGGGCAGCGAAUACUGAACCAAUACUGGCCUGGACCAUACGACCUAUUGGACCUGGACAGGUUUCCGCGAUGUACUAUAUUCUCUAUCUUGCAAGUAUGUAGAUACUCUGUUUGCAAUUCGUCGAACAAGGUCUCGUUCGGUCCCUUUGUGCCUUCUAUGAUUGGAUCCAAAGGGUCACCGCUUCGGAUGACCCUCGCUGUGCUUCCCAUGGAUGGCCGUCGUGGUGGUGGCCGUUGUUUUGCCUCAUCUGGAGCACUACUGCUAUGCACGUCAUGAAGGACAGAGGUUCCAGCAGACCAUGGCUACCUAGUGAGGACUUGGUUUCAAGUUCACGCAGCUAUGAUCUGCUCACUCUCCUAAAAGUCCGAGGGGGUGGCAGCCUGGGACCUUUUUUUUUCUUUCCCCGUUUCCUUUAUGCUCAUCGGUUUCCCACACCGUUCAACGUCCAAUAACCAUGUGUACAGGUCUCUGCCGACGGCGCCGCUGGCCGGAACCUCUCUACGAAUCAUACAGCGGCGCUACCGGGUAUACGUGCAUUGUCCGAGUCAACAACCGCGAGUACCAGACGGACGCCGUCUAUGAAUCGGACACCCUGGCUCGGGAAAAUGCAGCGAUGCGGGCCUACCUGAUUUGCCGCAACUUCUCCGUCAACGACGGCAUGUACCCUGCCGGGCACGACCACGGCGGUGUCAUCCAGGGCAUUCCAGUCGCCAUUGGCACCGGACGCAAAGUCCGGUACGGGGUGGACGACACGGACACCUCGACCAGUGGCGAGAGCCGAAGUAGUGGCGGCAGCAGCAGCCCGGAGAGCUAUGGAGGGGACCGGAUCGACUGCGACCGGCAAUCAGCGAUGGGCCCGUCUCGAGCGUUGGCGUUUAGUCGGUAGGCUGCUUUCUUAAGGGAGGGAGGAGGCGCGGGGGAGGGGAAAGGUCUAUAGGCGCACACUGGCCGUGCCGGUACCCAGAUAAUAAGCUUGUUCUUGCCUUGGCUUUUACAAGAGUUGAGUCAGGGAAACAGGAGCACAAGAUGAGAUGGAAGAUCGGCUUGGCUUUUGAUGACGAUGACUUUAUGAUUUUAUGACACGAACAACCCGGAUAUCCGAUAGAUCGAAGCGUCUCUUUUUUGUUUGGUUUUGGUUUGGGUCUUGUUGCCCCCAUCUGAUGAAUGUGAUGAAUGCUCAUUGUGGAAGAAUGGAUUGGACGGAACUUGUCUGCGGGUGGGAUCACACAGGAACCACCCCGGAUGGGAUGAGUGCGUGUACUGUGUAUGUUUUGGAGGGUUGCAUUGCGGUGGCUAGCGGUGUCUUUUCUGGGAGGUGGCGGUGUGCAUUGUCGGACUGUCGGACUGCGACUGAAUGUGA